AGCACAGUUGUGGAAAGAGAAAGAGUGCAUAAUAAUUAUUCAUCAUAACCUUCACAACAAAAUUAUAGUGUUUUAAUAAUGUUAUAGAUUGUUUAUAAUCUAUUGUACAAAGUCAUUGUUUACCAAAGUAUUAAAAAACAAUUUUAAAAAUUUCUAAAUGAGAAUGGAAAAUUCUUCUCUAAACAAAGCACAUCAACAACAAAGAAGAGCCGAAGCCUUACUGAGACAAAAAAAGUAUGAAGACUGUAUAGAAUGCCAUAAACAAGCUAUUCAACUUUUAGAAGAUAGUUUAACCUUAACAGAAAAUGCAAGGUCUUUGGAAUCAUUAAAGCUUCAAAAAGAAUAUCACAAAAAACAAAUCGAUUUUGUACAGAUGAAAAAAGCUCAAUCACAGAUCGAGAAUCAUAAGAAGUUAGCCCAAUUACAGAAAAGAAGGAUUUCUGUUCCUAGUAAUGAUCCAGAGAAUGGAGAAGGUCUAGAAGCUGCUAUAUACAGGACUAUUGAAGUGCAUGAUUCUUUAAUUGACUAUCUAGGCAAGAGAGGUGGCAGUGAUAACGACAGUAUAAAAUCAUACUCAACCAGUGACAACGAAGAGAAGCUAGAAAAAGAAACAACUCAAGUAAUUGGUAACAAACAUCCAAAAGAUGAUUCUCAGAUCAUUGAAGAACUGAAAGUACUCAGUGGACAACUUAGAGAUUCUGUCAAAUGUCUUCUUAUACAAUUAGAUGAUAGAAAUAGAGAGAUCGAGAAACUAAGAGCUACAAUUAGGGUUCUUGAAGGAGAAAAACAAAAAGCUCAACAAACUAAGAAUAACUCAAGUUUAAAAGUUGUAACUGAUUCUUCAGGAGGCACAUCCCCAUAUAUUUACUCGCCAUGCAGUGAAUUGAGUCCAGACAUUGUUAAUGAAAGCAGGAAUUUACCUCAGCUAGCUCCUCUAGAGAUGCCUAACUUUGACUUUCUAAGCCUCAUUAAGAGUAGCACUGUUAAUAACAAUUAAACAUGAU